AGACAAAAAAAGAAAGAAAGAAAGAAAAAGGUCAGUGCAGUGUCUCCGGGGUGCUGUGGGCCUGGGAACCAUGCCUCCAGGACUAGGGGAGAGUAACUCAAACCAGAGGUGACAAUGGCCUGAAUUAUGAGAGGGACCAGGGGGAGGGGGAGAAGGGGGGAGAGUUCAGAGACUCGAAGGGCAGGACAGGAGGCAGGGAUGGCACCAGACCUAGAGAGUCACCAGUUGGGCGGCGGGUGGAGCCCUCCGUGGGACAGGUGACCUGGGGGGUACAGCAGGUACGUGAGGGAAAUAGGAGGGAUUCAGCUGUGCGCAGGCGAGGCUGGCAGAUUGGGACCCGCCCUGCCAGGGUGGGAAGAGGUCAGGGUUGUGGGUGACGACUUGGGAGUCAUGCGGGGAAUGGGGGCGUGAGGCAGGGCGGGGAGAGGUGGAGAGAAAGGGACCCAGACAGGACGUGAGCAACACCACCUGCAGCGGACAGAGAGCCAGAGGGCAGCGGAGUCCAGCGGGGUCCCUGGAGGAGGAAGGAGAGUUUCCAAAUGGAAGGCCGGCACAGAAAAGGCAUCAGCUGAGACCUUCAGACGCAGCAGACAGUGGGCGAGGGAGAGACAAAGGCAGUGCCUGCUGCAAAGGGGGGAGAAGGGGAGCCCGAGAAUCAAGAAGUGAGAUGCGAAAAGGAGGCGGAGAGGUGAAAUAUAAAUGUGUCACGGUCCAACGCUGUUGUGACAGAUGGAAAAAAUCUUAUGUGGGGCACACAGGAAGGACUCUGAGGGGCCCUCUGGCACGGUGGGUUGAUAGGAACCCUCUCUCCUCUCAGUGCAUUAUUCAUCUGCACUUCCUGAAAAGAACGUCCCUGUCCCGAACGUUUUGGUUGUAAAACGGCAGAGCUCCCCAUUCCCAGUGAGAGGUUCCCUGAGUCGCAAAAGGAAGGACGCGCCCCCCCCCCCAGAACACCCUCUCCCCUAGCGCUCUGCCAACUGAGGACAGCUCUCCGGCUGCGAAGCGAGUGCCGCACCCGGGUUAGGACCCCGUAGGUCUCGCUGGGCCUGUGGGUGGGGGUGCAAUCUGGGGAGCAGCUCCAGGAUCCGCUCCGCCUAGUGCCACUGUCCACCUGGCAAACUCGGGCUGGCUGCCCGCAGCUUACUAAACGGAGCCUCUCCUACCCCCUUUCUUCCCGCAGCACCCACCAGCCGCCCGCCUACCCUGCAGUCUGAUAACGGGUUCCCACCCCUCCGCGUGGCCAGGGCUCUCACUCCGGGAACCCGGUGCUCCCACUCUGCGCACAGACCCACACACCUCCGGCCGAGCAGGGCUCUCCCUGCCCUGGAUUUGCUGGCCAGACCCAGGGGGGCAGAGAACGCGGAGCCUCCCCCUUCUGUCGCCGGGGCCCACGCAGCCCAGGUGGCCGGCGGGGCGGGAGAACGAGGGUGCCCAGGCUUCCGGCUCUCCUCGCCAUCGCCGCUGCACAGAGCCCCGCUGACUGCUCCCCGCGGCGCACCCAGGAGACAGGAGAAAUGCGCGCCCUUCGCAGGCUUUCGCGCCGGCCCGGCUCCCACCAUGAGCGCAGAGCUGAACGUGCCCGUGGACCCCUCCACCCCCGCCUGCUCUGAGCCCGGCCACAAGGGCAUGGAUUACCGCGACUGGGUCCGCCGCAGCUACCUGGAACUGGUCACCUCCAACCACCACUCUGUGCAGGCCCUCUCCUGGAGGAAGCUCUACCUGAGCAGGGCCAAGCUGAAGGCCUCCAGCCGGACUUCCGCCCUCCUCUCGGGCUUUGCCAUGGUGGCCAUGGUGGAGGUGCAGCUAGAGACGCAGUAUCAGUACCCCCGGCCGCUGCUCAUCGCCUUCAGCGCCUGCACCACGGUGCUGGUGGCCGUGCACCUCUUCGCGCUGCUCAUCAGCACGUGCAUCCUGCCUAACGUGGAGGCCGUGAGCAACAUCCACAACCUCAACUCCAUCAGCGAGUCGCCCCACGAGCGCAUGCACCCCUACAUCGAGCUGGCCUGGGGCUUCUCCACCGUCCUGGGCAUCCUGCUCUUCCUGGCCGAGGUGGUGCUGCUCUGCUGGAUCAAGUUCCUGCCCGUGGACGCGCGCCACCAGCCCGGCCCCUCGCCCGGCUCCGGCGGCGGCCACACGGGCUGGCAGGCCGCCCUGGUGUCCACCAUCAUCAUGGUGCCCGUGGGGCUCAUCUUUGUGGUCUUCACCAUCCACUUCUACCGCUCGCUGGUGCGCCACAAAACUGAGCGGCACAACCGCGAGAUUGAGGAGCUGCACAAGCUCAAGGUGCAGCUGGACGGGCACGAGCGCAGCCUGCAGGUGGUGUGACCCCGCUCGCUUUGCGCGCCCGCGGUCUGGGGGUGCGGGGCCGCGUCCGCGUCCAGCGAGAACAAAACGCUCCUGCGUCGUGCCCGGAUCCCGCCGCGGUUCAAGACCAAAGCCCCACUCCUGUCUCAAUGCUGUAAGCCUGGGUCGUCGCCCUCAGGGGAUGGACGUCUUCCGUUGAACCAGAGACUUGGACGCUAAGCGCUCAGGGCAAAGAGAGGCUGAGCCCUCGGCCCUGGGGACUUCCUGAGGCAGGAAGCCAGGCUCCGAGCAGGACCCGGCGGUCCCAAGUCAUCCAGGAGACCUGGAACCAGCGGCCAACGGGGGUGGGGCCCUGGAGCUGGGCAGCACGUCUGAAGGUACCACUUUGCUGGGAUUAGAUGGGGCAUAGGAUGAGAGCUUGGCCUGGUGCUUCCCUCCCCGCCAUGGAGGGAGUUGGAUGGCCUGGCUUAUGGAGAGAAAGAAGGUGGGAGCCUGGCACAUGUCAGCCCAGCAGGUGUGGUGGGUGCUCAGUGGGUGUCAGACGUGCCAGGCCCUGGGGGGGACCUUCAAGGGAGGAGAGGUGCCCCUUGAAGUGGUGGUUAACCAGGGUGGGUGCUUGGAAACACAUUGGGCUCACCUUCUCUUCCCAGCCAGCCUAGCGCCCUGGCCACAUGGACCCAGCGAGGCCACUAGACUGGAGAAAAGGCCCACAGUCCAGAGGCCACAGGAUGCCCCAAGUCUAUCAGCUGCCCUUGAGGGUCCUGGCUGCACAAGGCAGGGCACUGGCCUGGGCACCAGAGACUGCCCAGCUCCCUGCUGCCUGUGGUCCCAGGUGGCGGGAGGGGACAGCCUGGGGGAACUCCGUGUCUAGACAGGGCCAUGGCAGCCCUGGCCAAGCACGGGUCCUGCUUAUAAUGACGCAGAGCAGCGGAAGGCGACACCACAUAGAGCUCCCCGCCUGGGCCUCCAGACACGGACCCAUCUCUUACUUUCACACAGCCACGCACAGCGCCAGUUCUGGUGUCUUCUCAAAUGGCAGCUGGUAGACCUGAGCCCGUGUUUUUAGGCCAGACACAUACAUGCUACAGCUCAGCGUAUGCGUGAGCCUGCCAUGCCCUGAACUGCAUUUACCACACGGGCCAGCAGCCGCCCGAGGGGUGCCUGCCUUCUGUUUCCACAGUCUCUGGACGUCAUGCUCGGAUGGCAUGUCUAUCCACAGCCUGGCAGCUCGGUGCGGCCUGGGUUGCCUGUGCCAAGACACCCCGGCUGGCACGGCUGAGGCCUCUGGGACUGUGACAUACUGUUGUGCACAUCAACCUUAACGAAGGCUCUGAAAUGCAGAGGCUUAGCAGCGCGAGUCAUGGCAUUUAUGAGGAGCCUGGACGUCCCGUCCCGCCGGGAGGGAGGACAGCCCUGGUGUCUUCUGAAGGGUGUGUCCCCGCAUCCUCUGUGGACCUCUGUCGUGACUUGCUUGCUCCCUAGCGCAUGUCGCUUCUCUCCCGGGGCCUUGCUGCAAAGGCUCGUCUGCUUUACUGUGUUUGCAGAAGAAUGUCAGCGUCACUGCAAGGCAUUCACUUUUGUGUCCUGGCAGAGACAAGACAGGCUGGCUCCUUCCCAAGGCUGGGAGGCCCCCCUCAAAAGGCCCUUCCCCUGGUCUAAGCCUUUUGAGAGGGAGCCCUGUUAGGUAGGCCCACUUUCCUGGGCCAUCUGAUGCCCCCACCCUUUGUGCCGGAGCCAGAGUGCCAAGCUCCCCAGACUGUGGCAGGCAUACCCUCUGUUGCUCCAGGCCUAUGGGCCAAGCUCUCUGGCUGGGCUGCAUCAGGGUCAGAUGGUAGGUAUCCAGUGACAGUGCCACCCGGGUAGCAAAGACGCCACAUACCACACCUUAGACACUGAUUAGGAGAAUAAUGUCCUUGUAAUUUCUGUUUUCACCUCACGAGCUCUCCCAGCUCCAGCCUUUCCAGUUCCCAGAGGUAUGGGGCAAAGAGAAUUUCUGUGGGAACAGAGAAGACUCUGGGCCUGGGGCCUGGUGUUUGGGGCAGGGGCAGCCUCGGGGGAGCCCCAGAGCUUGCUCCGGGGGUAGACAGUAAGCCGCUGUUUGGAGCUGCGGCAGCAACUCAGCAGGGCAGCCUUGGGAGGAGGGAGGCGAAGUACAGGCUAGAAAUUCCAUUUCUGGAGGUUUAGCCCGACUGUUCCAAGUGCAGCGGCUUCUCUACGCUGAGAGGCGCCAGGGCCGCCCCAAGCCGGCAGGGUUUGCCCUAUUUUCCGCCAAGCAGAGCUUCCUGGUGCUCAUAAAACACACCCGCAGACGCGCGGAGGCCCUUCCUAAAGUGGAGCACGGUCUCCAUUUAGAACCUGACCAGAUGUUUCAAGACGCAAGGGUUUCUAUUCUAGACAAACUGCCAGGGCAGACUGUACCGCAGUGUCUUCUAGGAAGGUCUGUGGAGGAUAAAACCGCACACGCCUGAGCAGAUGGAGGCUCACCUGCAGUGCUUACCUGUCUCGUGCCGAUUAACUCACAUGCAUGUGGAGGCCACGCGUGGUGUGCACACCCCCUGUCCUGUGUACGGAUUUUUAAAACAGCUGCCCUGGAUCAAACUGAAUAAACAAGUAAUGCUAUGA